AUGUCGACUUUUACAACUUCUUCCAAAGUUCCGCAGGAAAAAUAUGAUGUUUUUGUUAGUUUUAGAGGUUCAGACAUUAGACGUGGGUUUCUUAGCCAUUUGAAAAAGCAGUUACGGCUAAAGGGCAUAGAUGUGUAUGAAGAUGAGAGGUUAGAAAGAGGAAAUAAAAUAUCAUCUGCGCUUUUGAAAGCAAUAGAAAGAUCAAGAAUUGCGCUGGUGAUAUUCUCAAAAGACUAUGCUUCUUCAAGGUGGUGCUUAGAAGAGUUAGAAAAAAUCAUGGAAUGCAAGCGAGCCAAUAAUCAAAUUGUAAUCCCAGUUUUCUAUAAUGUAGACCCAUCACAUGUUAGGCAUCAAGAAGGAUCUUAUGCAGAUUCAUUUUCUCAGCACCAGCAGAAGUUUAAAGACAACUUAUUGCAAGUUUGGAGAUCUGUCUUGAAAGAAACUGCAAACUUAUCUGGCUAUUAUCACUCCUCAGAUUUUCAAAAUGAAUAUGAUCUUAUUGAGGGAAUAAUCAAAGAUGUAUUGAAAAAGGUAGAACAUAAAGACACAAUGGAGCCAAAAAUCCUCAUUGGAAUUGAGGAAAAUUUGCCUACUAUUGAAUCAUUUAUGAAAGAUGACUCACAAGAAGUUAGACUUCUUGGAAUUUGGGGUAAGGGAGGGAUAGGUAAAACGACCUUAGCUCGUGCUGCAUUUGAUAAAUUUUCCCACCAAUUUGAUAGUUCUUACUUUGCAGCAAAUGUGAGAGAGGAAUCGAAAAAGAUUGGAUUGACUUGUUUACUUGAAAAAAUUCUCAUUGUUCUACUAAACGAAGAAAAUCUCACAAUGGUUGGAAUGCCUGAUAUUCAAAGGAGGCUACAUCGAACAAGAGUUCUUCUAGUGCUUGAUGACGUAGAUACUCCCAGCCAAUUACAAUAUCUUAUUGAAGAAAAUCUUUCAUUGGAACCAAGUAGCAAAGUUAUCAUAACAAGUAGAGACAAACAUGUUCUUGUUAGUGGAGGAGUUCAUGAAGUACAUCAAGUGAAAGAAUUAAACAAUGAAGAGUCGCUUCAACUUUUCUGUCGGCAAGCUUUCAAGCAAGGCCAUCCUAAACAAGGAUAUGAAAAGUUAUCAGUACAGGUAAUUGAAUAUGCAAAAGGUCUUCCCCUGGCAUUAAAAGUUUUGGGUUCAUAUUUGAACUCAAGAAAUACAAAAGCAUGGGAGAGUGCCCUUAAAAAAUUGAGAAAGUAUCCAAAUAGGGAAAUUCAGACUGUAUUGAGGGUGAGUUAUGAUGGACUUGAUAUACCAGAAAAGGAACUAUUUUUAAAUAUUGCAUUCUUCUUCAGGGGAGAAAAGAAAGAAGAUAUUAUGAGGGUGCUAGAUGCUUGUAAUGAUGACCUCUACGUGGACAUUGGAAUAGAUAGGCUUCUAGAUAAAGCACUCAUAACUAUUUCAAGUGGUAGUAGAGUAGAAAUUCAUGAUAUGCUACAAGAAAUGGCUGAAGAAAUAGUUCGUGAGAAAUCUAGAGAGCAUCCUGAAAGUCGAAGUCGAUUAAAUGAUGCAAAAGAAAUUCAAGAUAUACUGGAAAAUAACAAGGGAACUUAUGCAAUUAAAGGCAUUACACUGAUCCAAAAUGACAAAUCAACGCAACUUCCUUUUGGUCUGGAGUCACUUCCUAAUAAACUGAGGUUUUUUUGUUGGGACCAUUAUCCUCUGAAGACCCUACCGUUGGAUUUUUGUACUAAAAAACUCGUUGAAAUCCAAAUGGAGGGUAGCCAAAUUGUAAAACUAUGGGAUGGUGUGCAGGAUCUUAUGAAUUUGAAGAAAAUAAAUCUGGGCUCUUCCCAGUUAAAGGAGUUGCCUGAUUUCUCCAUGGCACAAAAUCUUGAAAUAAUGGAUCUUCGAUAUUGUGGAUGUUUAUGUAGUAUUCAUCCAUCAAUCUUGUCUCUUCCUAAACUUGUUUCUCUGAAUCUAGAGGAGUGCCACAAACUAACAAAUCUUCACGGGGAUAACCAUUUGAAAUCUCUCAAGAAACUCAAGCUGACAGGCUGCUAUGCUCUCGAGAAAUUUUUGUUAUCAUCAGAAGAAAUGAGAAGCUUACGUUUGAAUGCUACCAGGAUAAAAACAUUGAACUUGCCUGUUGGACGAUUCAAUAAACUUGAAGAGCUAUAUCUCGGUGGGCAUCUCAAGAGCUUUCAAGUAAAUGAGCUAAGUUGCUUAACAUCUCUUAAAAUAUUCUCUCUUGAUUGUCUUAGAGGAAGAAUAGACAAAUCAAAAUUAGUCAUUCUGUUUGAUGCCUGGUGUUCAUUAGAAGAAUUGAGGUUGAGAUACUGUGAGGUUUCUGAGAUCCCUGACAAUAUCAGUGCCAUGUCAUUGUUGAAGAUUCUAUCACUACAAGGAAGCAGCGUUAAGAGUUUGCCAGAUAACAUCAAGCAUCUUUCAGAGCUCAAAGUAAUUGAUUUGGGUGAAUGCAAGAGACUUAGGUCCUUACCAGAACUUCCACCUUCCCUUACUUAUUGUUAUCUCAACAGAUGCCAAUUAUUGGAGACCUUCGUUUUCCCACUAAUGCGAGCAAUACAUAACUCUAGCGAGGUUAGAUUUUGUUAUCCCGGACGCACAAUCCCAAGGGGCUUCAAAUAUUCUCAGACCGCUAAGAGGUCCAUUAGUAUUGAGCUUGCACCAGCUUCUUCUGACCAUUUAUUGGGUUUCGCUACUUGUUGUAUUCUUUCCACAUCGCCAAUCAACUCUUUGACACGAGUUGAGAGAAAAUUUGACUUUGAAGAUGAAAAGAUCUAUUACAGGGGUGACGACAAAAUUAGUUACCUCGAGUAUGGGAGUACAGAUCAUGUUUUGUUAUGGUAUGAUCCAGUGGAUCGCAUGUUGAAGGAAAACCAAAGAAGGCGAUUUGAUGAGCGCGCCGCUUACAAGUUUGCAUGUGAAUUCUUCUUCGUACAUUACUUAGGUUGUCAUGUGGAUGAAAUUAAUGACAGGAUAAAAGGGUGUGGAAUUUGGCCAAUAUAUGCAUCAGAAUUACAGGGGAAAAUGGAAUUAAGGCUGGAGACGAAUGCUAUUACAGGCAGUACCAGCCAGCACCCUAAUGCUAAAGCAGGCCAACAUCAGCCAGCACAUGAUUCCGUUAGGAGAAGCACUCGUGUGCGCCAGAGGACAGGGAACUUGACCUCGAUGCCGUACUUUCUGAGAACCAAGAGAGGCCGAAAUGAGCGCACGGCCCCAAAGGAUAACAAAAGAAUUGCUUGA